CCGGCCUUCCACAUCGAAGUGCGGAGGGUUUCAACCCGGCGAUACAAGGCGCUAGAGCGGCGCCAUGCCUUUCAAUUAUACCGGACUUCCGGGUGAAUGUCAGCCUCACUACCCUUCGGACUCUAUCCUCACACUGUUGGAGAGUGGCAUAUAGGAUAUUUCCGUUUUGCACCGAAAGUGACCUACGACGGCGUGUGUGUCGCGCGCGACUCUAAAGGUUCCUUCGGCCCCCCAUUAAAGAAUUUGGCCGCAGCGCCGUUAAACCACAACACCAUAGACGCGUCCGAGCAGAGCGUCUGCCUGACAACCGACUUUCCGAACACGGCCCCGAGGGUGACGUCAUUGUCGCGCGCCGUGGGGGGAGGAGCCACAGAGCAGGUGCUGGGCUACUAUCGUGCACCCGAGCUCCGGAAAGCCCAUCGACGUCAAAUGGGGUCUCGACGAGCGCUGCACUUCGUGUUCAAAGUCGGCGACCGAGCCCAGACGGCCCGAUUCUACAGGGAGGUUCUGGGUAUGCGCGUUCUCAGACAUGAAGAAUUCGAAGAAGGUUGCAAAGCUACCUGUAAUGGUCCCUAUGAUGGCAAAUGGAGUAAAACCAUGGUGGGAUACGGUCCAGAAGACCAUCACUUUGUGGCCGAGUUGACCUAUAAUUAUGGUGUCGGAAGCUAUCGCCUUGGCAAUGAUUUUCUGGGGUUGACUCUUGUGUCCCGACAAGCGGUGAACAACGCCAAGAAACUGGAAUGGCCCCUCAAGGAAAUCUCAGGAGGUGUUUACCUGGCUGAAGCUCCCGGAGGCUACAAAUUCUACCUGGAAGACAGAGAAUCAUCAAAGCCAGAUCCCGUGCUGAAGGUCACCUUAGCUGUCUCUAAUCUCCCAAAAUCUGUGGCCUUCUGGUCAAAGUUGCUGGGCAUGAAGAUCUACCAGGAGGACAAGCCCCAGCAACGAGUUCUGCUGGGCUACGCGGAGGACCAGUGCAAACUGGAGCUGCACGGCAUUGGCCAAACCGUGGAUCACGGCACAGCCUUUGGACGGAUCGCUUUCUCUUGCCCAAAGGAGCAGCUUCUAGAUAUUGAAACCUUGAUGAAAAAGGAGAACCAGAAAAUCCUGACGCCUUUCGUGAGCCUAGAUACCCCAGGAAAGGCGACUGUCCAGGUGGUCAUCUUGGCGGACCCUGAUGGCCACGAAAUCUGCUUCGUUGGGGACGAAGGCUUCCGGGAGCUUUCCAAGGUGGAUCCAAACGGUGAAAAGCUCUUAGAUGAGGCGAUGGCGGCCGACAGGAGCAACGAAUGGUUUGCCAAGCACAACAUCACAAAGGCUUCCGCGUAGGCUGAGCGACCAAGACAGCCGGCAGUUUGGUGCGGGAGGGCUGGGGAAGGGAACCCCUUGUAUCUUCUGACCAAGUGGUGCUGGGUGUCAGCCUUAUCCCGUGCUUU